AUGACUGCUGCUGACUGGGAAAUUGGACAGCCUCAAAGCCCAAUUUGGUGUCAGCAUCACAGUAUAGCACUUCUCUUUGUCUUUCAGUCUGCGCAAGGCGGUGGCCACCGAACACUGCUCUAUGGGCAUGCGAUCCUGCUGCGCCAUUCCUACAGUGGCAUGUAUCUAUGCUGCCUCUCUACAUCUCGGUCUUCAAUGGAUAAGCUUGCAUUUGAUGUAGGAUUGCAAGAGGACACAACAGGUGAGGCGUGCUGGUGGACCAUCCAUCCUGCUUCCAAGCAACGAUCGGAAGGAGAAAAAGUGCGUGUUGGAGAUGACCUUAUUUUAGUCAGCGUCUCUUCAGAAAGAUAUUUGCAUCUCUCUUAUGGCAAUGGCAGCUUACAUGUUGAUGCAGCAUUCCAGCAGACGCUCUGGAGUGUAGCACCAAUUAGUUCAGGAAGUGAAGCUGCCCAAGGCUAUCUGAUCGGAGGAGAUGUGCUGAGGCUGCUGCAUGGGCACAUGGACGAGUGUUUGACUGUCCCCUCGGGUGAGCAUGGAGAGGAACAAAGGAGAACUGUCCAUUACGAAGGUGGGGCCGUGUCCAUUCACGCUCGUUCCCUUUGGCGACUGGAGACUCUAAGAGUUGCGUGGAGUGGCAGCCACAUUAGAUGGGGACAGCCAUUCAGACUAAGACAUAUAACAACGGGAAAAUAUUUAAGUCUCCUGGAUGACAAGAGUCUUCUUCUUGCAGAAAAAGAGAAAGCGGAUGUAAAAUCUACGGCAUUCUGUUUUCGUUCUUCCAAGGAAAAGUUGGACAUAGGGACAAGAAAAGAGGUGGAUGGGAUGGGAGCACCUGAAAUAAAAUACGGGGAUUCCAUCUGCUUCAUCCAACACGUCGAUACUGGUUUAUGGCUCACGUACCAGUCUGCCGACGCCAAGUCAGUGCGGAUGGGCUCUGUGCAGCGGAAGGCAAUAAUGCACCAUGAGGGUCACAUGGAUGAUGGUUUAACGUUGUCCAGAUCUCAGAAUGAAGAAUCCCGUACAGCACGGGUCAUCCGCAGUACAGUCUUCCUUUUCAACAGGUUUAUAAGAGGCCUUGAUGUUCUCAGCAAGAAAGUGAAGUCUUCCACCAUUGAUUUGCCCAUCGAGUCAGUCAGCCUGAGCCUCCAGGACCUGAUUGGCUACUUCCACCUCCCUGGGGAGCAGCUGGAGCAUGAGGACAAGCAGAACCGGCUCCGGGCGCUGAAGAACCGCCAGAACCUCUUCCAGGAAGAGGGUAUGAUCAACCUUGUUCUUGAAUGUAUCGAUCGCUUGAAUGUAUACAGCAGUGCAGCUCAUUUUGCAGAUGUAGCUGGGAAGGAAGCUGGAGAAGCGUGGAAAUCUAUUCUGAAUUCUUUGUAUGAAUUACUAGCGGCUCUGAUUCGAGGGAAUCGUAAAAACUGUGCUCAGUUUUCUGGAUCUCUUGACUGGUUGAUCAGCAGAUUAGAAAGAUUGGAAGCCUCUUCUGGAAUUUUAGAGGUUUUACACUGUGUGUUGGUGGAAAGCCCAGAAGCUCUAAACAUUAUUAAAGAAGGACACAUUAAAUCAAUCAUCUGUCUUUUGGACAAGCAUGGAAGAAAUCAUAAGGUUUUGGAUGUUUUGUGUUCUCUCUGUGUUUGUCAUGGAGUAGCUGUGCGGUCUAAUCAGCAUCUAAUCUGUGAUAAUCUCCUGCCAGGAAGAGACCUGCUCUUACAAACACGUCUCGUCAACCAUGUGAGCAGCAUGCGACCCAACAUGUUCUUGGGAAUAAGUGAAGGAUCUGCCCAGUACAGAAAGUGGUACUAUGAGCUGAUGGUGGACCACCUGGAGCCCUUCGUGACUGCAGAGUCAACUCAUCUCCGAGUGGGCUGGGCUUCUACCGAGGGCUACUCCCCAUACCCAGGAGGGGGAGCCGAGUGGGGAGGAAAUGGGGUAGGCGAUGACUUGUACUCCUACGGCUUCGAUGGUCUGCAUCUGUGGUCAGGCUGUGUGGCACGAACAGUGAAUUCUCCCAACCAACAUCUGUUGAGAACGGAUGACGUUAUUAGCUGCUGUCUGGAUCUGAGUGCUCCCAGCAUCUCUUUCCGGAUAAAUGGUCAGCCAGUCCAAGGAAUGUUUGAGAACUUCAACAUAGAUGGCCUCUUCUUCCCAGUUGUCAGCUUCUCUGCAGGAAUUAAGGUACGUUUCCUUCUUGGAGGUCGCCACGGAGAGUUCAAGUUCCUUCCUCCACCUGGGUAUGCCCCAUGCUUUGAAGCCGUGCUGCCCAAGGAGAAGCUGAAGGUGGAGCACAGCCGGGAGUACAAGCAGGACCGCAGCUACACCAGAGACCUACUGGGGCCCACUAUUUCUCUGUCACAAGCAGCUUUCACUCCAGUCCCUGUCGAUACUAGCCAG